CAUUAAACGUAGCGCUCAAGUGCUCCGGCUCAACCAAAGAUAAUCACAGCUCCGGUUCAAUUUCUUAGAAGCCCCUAGAAGUACUGGCUAUAAAGUUUGCUCGAGAUUCCUGAGCAUAUAGUGUUGGCGUCAACUUCCAGGACUGUCUGCUUACAGAAGAGGAAUCUAUAAUAUACCAGUGAGCCGGAGGUUAAGGACUAUGACAGAAGUCACCAGACUGCCGGCUCUGAGUUGCAUGCCCCUGCUGUUGCUGCUGGUCGUGUCGGUUGCACACGGCAGCAGUUGUCGAAACUCCAACUGGUGGGGCAGCUUUGACCAAAAGGACGGACUCUCAAAAUGUGACGGCGGCUCGGACUACAUCACAGGGUUGUACCGGAGCAAGCGCCUCAUCCCAGACAGACUGGGCUUCAUAGAGGAGGCGAAGUGCUGCCCCGCGCCCUCCCCGUACACCGGCGACAAGACGCAAGUGUUUUACGCCAACUGGUGGGCCAGCUUUGACCAAAACAACCGCUGGAACACCUGCCCGGCCGGCUUCUUCCUGCAGGGUCUGUACCGGACCGGAACCGGCGACCGUCUCUGGGAUCUGGAGGAGGGUCGCUGUAUGAAGCCGGCGUCCCAUCCCUACGUCCACGGCCGUUGUUACGACCACGAUAUCACACUGGCCUUUGACCGGCAGGGCUGGGUCCGCUGUGACAACAGUUAUUUCCUCACUGGCUUGUACCGGGGGGUGUGUGACGAGCUGUACUGUCUGGAGAAAAUGAGAUGCUGCAAGAUGGAACCGGCCCCGAGCACGGUGGAUUCUCUGGCCAGCGCCAAGAGGAAAGUUAUGGACAACACGAUGAGCGACAUGGCUUACCUGGCACACUACCUAGGCUACGGCUGGUGCUCGGGGUGCCGCGCCGAGUUUGUCGGGGAGGACUUUCGGAAGAACGGGGACACCUGGGUGGCCGACAAGACAAAGCCGUGCUCCGGUGAGAAAUGGGACAGCCGACUCAGUAUGAGUUAUGGGGACUGGAAAUUCAGCAUGGAGGACGUGGUGUACGACCAACCUGUGUUGGAGGACCUUCAGCCCGAGAGCAUCGACUCCGGCAGUGUGGUGAACAACGCCGACUUCCCCGUCUCUCACCAGUUCUCCCGCACACAGGACGUGAUCCGCUCGGUCUCCCACACCACCACAGACUCGUGGAAAAAUUCGCAUGAGCUCGGAGUCUCCAUCGGAUAUUCCUCCUCCAUCCUCACAGGUGGCUUCUCGGGAGGGGUCAGCUACAAAUUCAACUACGAGACUUCCUCCUCCUCCUCCGAUUCCUCCGGGGCGCAGCAGAAAAAAUCGUUUUCCUUGACAGAGUUGGUGGACGUUCCGGCGCACUCCGCGGUCAACUGGACCCUCAUCCUGUCCAAAACGAGGCGCACGGUGUCUUACUCGGCCAAGGUUCGGAUCCACUUCUCCACAGAACUCCGCGGGUUCCUGAGGUGGGGCGGGGGGUAUAACGGCGCCAGCACAAACUACCACAUCCAGCACCGAGGGAGCGGCAGUCGACCCACGUUCAACUAUCGGUUCGGAGACAGCAGUAAACCUUUCUACGAGGCCCUGAAGGGGGAGAGCGAAAUGAUGAGCCAGCCGUGGAUGUGGGCGGACAUGAAGGCCAACAAUAGAGACAGCCAGAGUGUCAUCGACAGUCUCACGAAAGAAGGCCGCUACGAGUUCACCCUGACGGGCAGGUUUGAGGACGUACAGGGCAAAGACGUGCGGGUCCAGUGGGGAGGCCCGCCCUCCGGGGCCGCGGGCAACCCGAGACAGGGGCGGGAACUCACUCGCCAAUCUUUCCCGAUAACUUCCCACGGAGAGAUCGUUGCAAAAGCGUCUGCCGCUGAUUUUGGACAAUUCAUAACCAGAGCUCCAAUUUUUCCCACUCAGCUAAUCACUCCCAGCCCAAUAGAGAGGGGGGACACUUGGAAGUCUGUUCCUGCCUCUGGUAACUGAGAAACUGCUCACUUGUCCUCCCCUGCAGUGCACACACCACUUGUUGCCAAUGCCAGAAAAUUGGUGAACACGAAACGGUAUUGUUCCAAGUCUUAACAAUAAAAUUUGGAGAUCAUUUUAGAUUAUGGA